AGAUGGAAGAUAGUUGUGCAGUUGAGACCAAGGGAGCUGUUUUAGGAUACGGCAGGAAUAUAUUCAUGGGAUACCUUAAUAAGGAGAAUGAGAAUCAGAGUAAGUUGACCGAUGAUUACUGGCUGAAGCUUGGAGACCAGGGAGCUCUUGAUGAUGAGGGGUUUCUACUUGUCUAUGGGCAAGUACAGGAUCAAAUAGUUAUGGCUAGCGGUGAGGUUGUAAAUCCUUCUAAUAUAGAGGGUAACCUACGUCUUGAGCUACCCUGUAUUUCCAGCUGUAUAGUUGUUGGUCAUGGGACUGAUAGAUUGGGUGCUUUGCUCUCCUUAGACACUGUGACAGAUGAGAAUGGGUCUCCUUCAAACAUUCUCACACCUCAAACUGUAAACUGGUUUAGGGAUGCCAGGUUUGAUGUGAAAACUAUUAAAGAUGUCGUGGAUAAUCUUGAUUCUGGUCUUAAACACGUGAUUCAGGCGGGCAUAGAUAGGGCGAAUCAGCUUGUCAUUACUUCCUGCAGAAUGAUCGUUGAGUGGCGAGUACUCCCUAUAUCCUUUAGUGUUGGUACAGGAGAGCUAGGGCCAACUCUUAUCAUUAGACGAAGCUUGAUUCAAGAUAAGUUUUCAGUUCAUAUUCAACAAUUAUUGACUCAAGAGGAAACACGAAAGCACAGUUUUACUGACUCUAUAGGAGGAGACUCUACUGCAACAGCAAGCGAACAGCCUGAGGCAGGACACCCCUACCCUCAUCACCUUCAUCAGAUUAUAGAAGAAGAAGAACGAAGCAACAGAAACAGUGUAGACAAGGACAUGGAUCAGAUCGGAAAUACGGAAAACGUUAACAACAACAAUGGAGAAGAGAUAAAGGAGACUAAGGAAGAAAAGAAUGAGGAGAAACUAAUUGAAGAUGAGACGAAGAGUGAAGAAGAAGAAGUUGAAAAAGAUGAGAAGAAGAAGAACAGUGAAGCAUCAGAGGAAGAUGAUGAGGAUCUAACUGGAGAAGAUUCUGGAAAAAAGUUCGAAGAAAGAAGAAUCUCUGAAAAUAUGGCUCUUCAAGACAAAAUGUCAAUCAAAAAGAAAAUAUCAAGAAAAUAUCGCAUAAACCUUUUUAAUACUUUUAUAUAUUAAAAUUCAAUACAUUAAACCCAAUCUUGAGAAUAAAAUUCAUUAUUUUUGGAUGGGGGUUCAAACCAAUUAAAAAGUAAAAUUAGAAGACCCGUUGUAUCGCCGAGAUUUCUUUUCAUUUACUCAAUACUCAUGCAGUCUAUAGUUAAAAAUUAAGAGAAAAGGACUUAUCUAUUGACAAAUUUUAUUUGUCCCAUUUCGCAUUUUUAAUUUCCUGACAAUUAUCUUUAUUCAGUUAGUUUCUAAUUUUCUAAUGUAAAUACUAUUUCAUAAUAUUGCUCAAUUUUGCCAUUUUAAAUAUAAGAAUAAAUAUCUUAUAUUUAUUGAAGUGUUUGCAUUU